AUGGCAGGAACCACCAACAUUACUCUAGCCGAGUCGAGAGCUCAGCCGCUUGCGCACUCUUCGUACCUGGGGGACGAACGUCUUGUCUCGUCACCUCUUUACGAAGGUUUCCCGUAUGGCGGAACAACCUCUAUGAACCUGGCAAGUCACAACAGUUAUGUGACCCAUCAGCAGUCUUCUUCGCCGUCUUUGGGAAACACUGAUUUCAUGUAUGGAUAUCAACAGAUUCCUAGAGCACACAACUCGCCUCAUUACACACCGCAUAAUAUGCCAUCGACGAGCAUCCCUUCAUACUACGGCAUGCCUCAUACUGCUCAAGCAUUUGCUGCGAGUACAGCCUCCUUCCAUGGUCUAGAUCCAACGACAGCCAGGUCUGGCAUGUACGAGGCUGUGUCAUAUGACCACCAAGCAUUUCAAACAUCAGGGUUCGCAGUUAGCGACGGCUAUAACAACUACAUCCCACACGGCCAAGUUCAGCAGCAAACUCCUGCGCAGGAAUACGAUCCCGACUUGCGCGCACGAUUCGAUCACUAUCAAUCGCAGACCAGAGAGAUAUUCACACACGUCAAGGAUCGUGACCUGAAACCAACAGGCAGUCUGCUCCUCCAAACGACAAAAGUCAGUACCAGGAUCGACUGCAACUAUGGGAAACCUUCAACCAAUGCUGGUUAA